AUGCUUGCAGUUAGAAGAUCAUCCCUAAACAUACUGACAAAAGUAGUAAGAACAACUGCUCCAAGUACGGUAAGAGCCUUCUCUAUAACUGCUUAUAAGAAUGAUUUAUUACAAGAUCUAUACUUAAAGGAAUUGAAAAAUACAAAGUUUGAUAUGGCAUCUUUACAAUCUCCUGAAUCCAUUGCUGAAAAUGUUAUUCAAUUCUCAGCACCAGCUAAGCCAAAAGUACCAGUUUUAGAAGCUACUCAAAAGGAUACUUUACAAGAUUACAUUAAUGAAAACGUUGAAACUACAUUAGAUACAGCUGCAAACGCCGCUGCUGAAGAACAAGAUGUUGCUCAAGAUGAAGACUGGUUAGUUAUUGAAGAUGAGCCAGAAGAAUCUCACCAUUAA